GUGGUGCGUUGCGUUCCGGAACCGAGCCCGACGGCCGUGGCUUUUCGGCUGGAGUUCCGGGCUUGAGGUCGAGUAUGUCCGGCCGCGGGAAGCAGGGCGGCAAGGUGCGCGCCAAGGCCAAGUCGCGCUCGUCACGCGCGGGGCUGCAGUUCCCCGUGGGCCGCGUGCACCGGCUGCUGCGCAAGGGCAACUACGCGGAGCGAGUGGGCGCCGGCGCCCCGGUCUACCUGGCGGCCGUGCUGGAGUACCUGACGGCCGAGAUCCUGGAGCUGGCGGGCAACGCGGCCCGCGACAACAAGAAGACGCGGAUCAUCCCGCGCCACCUGCAGCUGGCCAUCCGCAACGACGAGGAGCUCAACAAGCUGCUGGGCAAAGUGACCAUCGCGCAGGGCGGCGUCCUGCCCAACAUUCAGGCUGUGCUGCUGCCCAAGAAGACCGAGAGCCAGAAAGUCAAGAGCAAGUGACCCGGACGCGCCCCCACGCAGCUGGUCCUUCGCCCGUGCGGGUGUCACGGAGGGUCGGUGGCCGUCAGGCCCUGGGACACGGGCGGUGAGGAGCCCGUUGGAGUCCGGAGCCAAUAAAGUCCGUGAAAAUCGAG